UGAAUUGUUCUUCAUAUGUAUAUUUCGCAACGCCGAUCUGUUCAUGGUCGAAGGUGAUUGUGUUUGUGUUUGUGUUUAGUUCACACGAAUUUCGGUUUGUACUGCAAUUGUGCUCUAGAAAGUUUUGGUUGUACAUUGUUUCGUAUUUUAUUUUACUUUUACUUUUAAUUCGGACUGUGCUUGCAUCGUGGAAUUCAUAUGCUCAUCGUGCAUCGUGGAAUGGCCGAUGUGUGCGGCGCUUUGUGACCUCUAAAUUGCCUAUCCUGGAGUUGUAGAGGCAUUCAGACUCGACUAGGAGACAAAGUUUGAUGCAUCGUGGUCAGGUGUUGGCGUCAACGAGCUUUAUGUUGCAGAAGCGUAGGAGACGGACGGAGUUGUGAUUCAUGGACUGCAAUUCUGAUUAGGAGGAAGGCCCUGAUCGUGUGUUACAAAUGUGCUGAAUCUGUUGGAGCGUGCGUGGAGGGGAAGUAAGCAUGUAGGAAGAAGAGCGCCACAUUGGAACCGAAGAAUGGAAAGGUAGAGGAAGGGCCUAGGAGUCCUACUCCAGCAAAGCUGUUGCUCAAAUUGGUAAGCUCUGGGAAUCCAAAGAGAAGGAGAUGUAAGGAUGCAACCCAACAGUGGUCGAAUAUGAAGAAUUACUCCGGCGUAUUGUGUCAUAUUGAAUUAUCAUAACAAUUUUUCAACUACCAUAUAGCGCGGUGGAAUUAAAGACCUUCACUAUCCAGAUGAAAAUCUUAACCUAUCUCCUGGAUGUACUGAAUGUGUUCACUAUUCCUGGUCAGAUUUUGUUGACUCACGAAAUGCUCUUCUUGAUAGAUACCGCAGACCCGAACAGUGGCAUGUAUGCAGAGGAAGCAUGUCCGCUUGCAGCGAGUCUCUUCAAUAUAGCUGAGGAACUGAGUCGGAAUUCCGCAACAACGUUCAAACUAGAGAAGAGCUCGAGGAAGAACCCAAGCUCGAACUCAAGGCUACUAUAUGGUUCAUCGGUAAAUAAGACUAGAAGGAGAAUCCUGGUAAAAGCUUCGACAGUUGAUACUCUGCGGUAUGCAUUUUCUUAGUCCAGACACCACUUAUCCAAAAAAGUAGGGACAUGUUUUGUAUCGAUGCACACUUGAGAAGAAGAGCUGGAAAAUGACCAUUGUUAUCAAUCGUGUUGGUGAAAUUUAUUCAUUUCAUGGUGAGACUUAUUCACCGUUUACUCACAA